AUGAUUGAAUCAAAUUUAACAAAGAAUGAACGCAUGCCUCUUACACCUGUGCAAGUAGCGGCUGAUAGAACUGGUUUAUUCAUUGCACUGUUUUUAUUAUUUCUACUUUUUAUUCUCAUCUCCUAUCUAUUUUACAGUUUUUUUUCAUUUAAACGUUUUUCUUCUCGGCAAAAUCGUAACCAAAUUAACUCAGCUCCACAUAAUCCCAAUAAUAAAGUACUCUUUGAUGAUAAUGACGAUCUUAUUAAUAAUAAUGGAGAAAUUAUUCUUGGUCGUCAAAGUUCAUUUUCCGAUUGUGGAACAUCAUUACGUUCAUCGUCAAUACGUUCAAAUGUAAAUCAACGUGCUAAACGAAGUAGUUCAUAUAAAUAUUGUUCUCAAACAUCAAAUUAUCUUUUAACACCAUGUCUAUCGUCACAAAUACCAACAACCGGUGAUGAAUCUCAGCCGACAAGAAUUAUUGUUGAGCCAAAUGAUAUUCAAUUAGCCAAUGCGUUAUCACGUUCGAUAUCAAAAUAUUAUGAACGUAAAAGAAAACCAAUAUUAAAACGUCGAACACAUUCAUGUGAUGAUAUUGUGGGACAAAUGCAGACUAGUAGAAAACGACCUCCACUACAACUAACAUCUUCCUUACCUAUUCGUGAAGAUCUACCUCAAUCAGAUAGAACGAGUCGACAAAAUCAAAGACCAUCAUCAUGUAAAACAAGACCAACGACUAUUUAUGAAUUGUAUAAAUCAGACAAAAUGAGAAUUGCUAAUUUAUUUGUUUCUGAUCCUUAA